UUGUAUGUUGGCAAUAUUUGAGCUUUUCCCACAUGACUCCAUAAAUUACUUUCUCUAUGUAUAAAUCGGCUGGGUUAGGGGUCAUGAAUUUGAACAAAAAACCACUCACGUUGGCAAGUUUUGACCUUUUUGUUCAUUUCACGCAGCACACGGUUGUGAAUCAGUCGGUUAUCCAUUCAAAGAACCACCGUCAUAGUAGCCCCAAUCUUUAACUUUUUCACACACACAAACAUAAUAUCAAACAUAUAACCUUCAAAGCAGCGUCCUAGGCCUAGCUAGGAACAGAGAAUUUCCAAUUCCACACGCAAGUCCUCUCUCUCUCUCUCACUCUUUCUCUCUGCGUGAAUGACGCGCUGCAAUGGCGGCUAUACUGUCAUUCAUGUCAAAUUCUGAGCAUAAGUUUCCGUUUCUCAUGGACAAUCACUCACAAAUACAGGAAGCAAUGUUCUACUUUUGCUUCUUGGUCUUCUUCUUCACCACCUUUCUCUUCGUUUUCCUUUACUCUACGUACAGAAGAUUGAAAACUGCUAAGCAAAAGCAAGAAGAGGAACACACCCAGAAGCCAAUUCAGAGUGACCCGUCGAGAUUGGAGCGUUCUUCGGUUUCGGUUGAAACUGUGGGUAAAACCCAUGAAACCAGUGAAAAGGACCCGACCCAUUUGGCCCAUUCGCUGCUUUUGGAGGUCUUGCCCUCUGAUUCCCAAAAAUGGGAGUGUUUGUUUGAUGAAGGAAAGAGUUGUGACCCGGAUUCGAACGGGUCGGGUUUGGACAGGGAGGGGCUGGGGUCGGGUGGGGAUCAGAGGGUGAAGAAGAAGAAGAAGAGGGCCAAGAAGAAGAAGUUGAAUUUGCAAGCUGAAGAGGGGCGCGGGGAGAGAGAAAUUUCGGGUACGGGUUCUCGGGCCAUGCAGGAUUUGGUAUGCCUCUACCCGUUUACAUCGUCUAGUAGUGCUAUGCAGAGGAGGAUCAAGCAGCAGUAUGAGGAGCUUGUGAAGUGCAACGAGACCAAGCGACUGACAAUGGCCCAGGUUGGAGAGUUUGAUAAUUGCUUGAUUAAGGCUAUAAAUGAGCUACAGCGGAAGGCUGAUGGCAUCCAACGCAAGUUCACUAUAAAAAAGGCUCUACUGUUCAAGGCAGACAGAUCUUCAUUUGACCGCCUUCGUCAACAGAUAUACAAGCUAGAAUUAGAAAAACAGAGACUAGAAGAGGAUGCAUUUGUUUAUAACUUGCUUCAACAACAGCUUAAACUCUUUCCGGCAUACAAGAAGAUGCUUGAAUUUAGUGCUUCUAUGGAGUUGAAGGCCAAAUCUGGUGAGCUGAUGAACAAUACGGAUUCCGAGUUUUCUGACAUUUCGUUCGAAGAGUUAUUAGCGCAAGAAAAGAAGGAUUCAUUUUGGCAAAGAAAAUCAAGAUCUUGCUCAGGCUGAUGUCGAUAUCUGUUUUGCUAACUGUACUCAUGAGUUUCAGUUCAGUUGUAUGUAUAUCCAAUGCCCAAGCCAUGCACUGUAACAGGAACCUUUUUAGCAGCCUGUGCUUAUUUGGCUGUUGUUUUGAUCAGGAUUAUAUAUGUUCAACUUUUAUUUCUAGGA